UUUAAUUGCAGAUUAAUAAAUGAAAACAACCUAAAGAUUACACACAAACAACGAUUGAUAAAACUAAUAGAGGAGAGAGAUAGAGAUUCUGAUGAAAUUCAGAAGAAAAGAAAAAAAUUGAAACAACAAAAAAUUAAAUGAAAUUGUAUAAUGAAACCCUAAAAGUCUCACGGCCUUCCCCGCUUACCCGCUGCCGCCUGCACACCCUCUGUCUCGCUGGUGUUUGUCUCGCCAAGUCCAACGACCCACUCGCUGCCGCUUCAGACUUUAGCUGUUUCAUUUUCACGAGUCUCGCCUGCAUUCCACCAGCUCACCACCUUCAAUUGACUCUAAAUCUCCAAUUUUAGGGAAUUUGAACCCAGGAUCCGCCCGUCAAGCACCGGAGAAGCCGAAAGCUGCAGGAACGUGUUGUGAAUUUGAUAACAUAACAUAAUACUAUGGAAGAGAAAGCAUCAUCAUCUUUCAAAACCUUUAUUAACCAAUUUGUUGUUCCCGGUGAUGUGGUUUUGGACCUUUCAACCAUGGCACAACAAACCAUCAAGCUCGGCAGCGGUCUUCAUCAGGACAAUGAUGUGAUAUCUACCGUAAAAGCUGGCAAAUUGAGGUUCACAAAGCCAAACAAAUAUUGGGUUGAAGGCUCUCAUAAAAGGUAUGUACCUUCUGUUGGGGAUCAUGUCCUUGGCAUAGUGGUGGAAAGCAGAGCUGAUAACUUCCUAAUGGAUAUCAAGGGACCUACUUUGGCUGUUUUGCCUGUGUUGGCUUUUGAAGGUGUAAUUAGGCGCAAUAUUCCAAGGUUUGAGAUUGGAACCUUGCUAUACGCUCGUGUUGUCAAGGCCAAUGCUGGCAUGAACCCAGAAUUAUCAUGUACUGAUGCGAAUGGUAAAGCAGCCGAAUUCGGUCCACUGAAGGAGGGUUUCAUGUUUGAAACAUCAACUGGGCUUUCACGAAUGCUUUUGAGCUCCCCCCCAUGUCCGAUUCUCGAUGGUCUUGGAAAGAAGUUAUCUUUCGAGAUUGCUGUUGGUCUAAACGGACGAGUUUGGGUGAAUGCCGAAUCUCCAUCCACCGUGAUCCUGGUUAGCAAUGCAAUCAUGAAGUCAGAGUCUCUAAGUGCUGCACAGCAAAAAAUUACAGUUGAAAAACUUCUACAGAGAGUGCAAUGAUCUGUAACUGUAAUAAUAAAGCUUAAUUAUUCUAUUGCCAUUCUUUGUUUCUUUGACCCGAUAGAGCUUAGUUGCAGCCUCGCAGGCACCUUUCCUUAUAGCUUUUGGUUGUGUGUGCGAGCACACUUGUUAGGUUUGCUCAUCGAUUGUAGUAAUUGAGUUUAUUCACAUCUUUGUAUUUAGUAGGAAUUAGAAUAUUGAAGUCCAUCUACUACGUGUUGAAAAAGAUAUCGAAGUAUGAAGAUAGGAACAAAGUCGCCUAUUUUUUUCCAAUUGGACUUUUUGUUACUUAUCUGAACUUAUAUUUGUUGAACAAUGUAGAAUUGGCUGGGGCAAAGGGGUUAGGUGUGAAUUGAACUAGAAAUUUUUUGCUCCCCACUAAGAUUUGAUUCUCAUAUUUGUUGUAUGGUGACUUAUUAUUAUUAGUACAUUAUAUGACUCACUUUUUCUAAAA